AUGCACUCUCUCUAUGUACUCUCUAUAACUGUGUACUCCAUCUAUCUACUCUCUCUGUGUACUCUAUAUAACUAUUCUAUAACUAUCUACUCACUCCACGUACUCUCUCUAUGUAUACUCUAUAACUAUGUACUCAAUCUACGUACUCUCUCUAUCCGCUAUCCACUCACUCACUCAUCUAUCUAUCUAUCUAUCUAUCUAUCUAUCUAUCUAUCUAUGUCUGUUCAUCUAUCUAUCUAUCUAUCUAUCUAUCUAUCUAUCUAUUUAUCUAUCUAUCUAUCUAUCUAUAUAUGUCUGUUCAUCUAUCUAUCAAUCUAUGUCUAUCUAUCUAUGUCUGUUCAUCUCUCUCUCUCUCUCUCUCUAUCUAUCUAUCUAUCUAUCUAUCUAUCUAUCUAUCUAUCUAUGUCUGUUCAUCUAUCUAUCUAUCUAUCUAUCUAUCUAUCUAUGUCUGUUCAUCUCUCUCUCUCUCUAUCUAUCUAUCUAUGUCUGUUAAUCUCUCUCUCUCUCUCUCUAUCUAUCUAUCUAUCUAUCUGUUCAUCUAUCUAUCUAUCUAUAUCUAUCUAUCUAUCUAUGUCUGUUCAUCUAUCUAUCUAUCUAUCUAUCUAUCUAUCUAUCUAUCUAUGUCUGUUCAUCUAUCUAUCUAUCUAUCUAUCUAUCUAUCUAUCUAUCUAUCACAGUCUAUUUCUAUCUCUUUAG